AUGAGCGUUGCAGGCUCAGCAUCCUCACAGGAAACACAUUCACGUUCACCUUCAAGAUCUCGUUCACCACCUUAUAACGAUGGAAGGCACCCUCCUUCAAGUAGUUCCAGAUAUCGAUACGAUUAUAACUACAGACCUUCACGCAGCAGUAUAUCAGCUGAUCUAGAUAGUUAUAGGGAUUUACGAGAUAGAGAUCGUGAAAGAGAUAGAUCUAUAGUGAUGAGAGAUGAUAGAUAUUUAUCUUCUCGUGGACGUGAAAGAGAUAGAGAUGAUCGCUAUGCUCCUUAUUAUCGUGAUGAUUCUCAUCAUUAUUCCUCAUCCUCAUCGGGUAUGAUGUCUCGAGAUUAUACGAAAUUACCAAUAAAUUCUAUUCGCCGUGAAGUGAACGCAGACCCUUCAAAGGAUUCUAAAAUGACAAUAUCAACAAGUUCAAGUAGUGUUAAAGAUAUAAAAGACGAGGGGAAACUACAAUUAACACCUGCAAAUUCAGAUGCACCACCUAUCUCAUCUUCUUAUAUCUCUUCUAAUCGAUAUAGUGAUUGGCGUGAUAGAGACCGUGAUAGAGACCGUGAUAGAGAUAGAAGGUAUAGAGACGAUGAUCGUCGACGUGAAUAUGAUAGACGCCGUGAUGGUUAUAUGCGUGAUUCACGUUAUGAGUCAUCAAGUUAUGGUGCACCGCCUUUAUUAUCUACUUAUCAAAUGCCUCUUUAUGGAGGUGACUCAUAUAGACCGGACCGUGAUAGAGAUCGAGAUAUGCCUCCCUCACCCAGCUCACAUAUUCCAUAUUAUGAAAGAGACCGCUUAGAUGAUCGUGAUUAUUACAGAAGCUCACGAAAUAAUAGUUCAAGUGGACCAUUAUCUGACUAUGACCGUUAUCGUGGUAUUGGAAGGAGUGGUAGUAAUAGGUCGAGCUGGGGAAGUAGUAAAAUGGAUGAUAAUAGACGAAUAUUGGACCGUGAUAGAUCUGAAAGAAUUUUAUCAAAUAAUCUUGAAUCUCGAAGUGGGAAAACAUCACCUACUUCUACUACCUACCCUCUUAAAGUUAGGAAUACAGAUAACACAGCAAAAUAUGAUAAUAAAAAAAAUGAUACAGAGAUACCUUCAAUCGUACAACGAACAGAAGAAACAACGACUUCGAUUGAGAAACCAGCUUCCAUAACAACAACAACCAUGGUAACAAAUGCCAUGACGGAAGAAGCUUCUAUUAAUCAGUCUGAAAUUGAAUCUCUAGAAAAGGGUGAGCUUGUUAACGAAGAUGUAAAGCUAAAAACUGAACAAAAGGAAAAAAUAAAAGAUGAUCAUGAAGGAGAUAUAUCUAAAAAUACAAUAUUAGUUGAUACCAAUAUAAAACAAAUAGAGUCUCCAGAACCUAUGGAAGUGGAUGAUGUUAAAAAAAUCAAAUCUAAAGAUGAAUCACCCUUGAUUAGUUCAACAAUAGCUGAAGAGAUUACAGUUAAAGAUGAACAAGUUUCAUAUGCACCACCACCACCUUUAAAUGACAAUUUGUUAUCGUCACAACCUGAUCAAUCAGAAGAAAAGGCAAAAAUAGUUACGUCGACUUCAGAAUCUCAUUCUAGCUCUCUUAAUAAAGAGGAUGAUCUACUGAAUUUGACUCAAGAACAAAUCGUUGAGCGUAUUGAUGAUAUUGAAAAUCAAAUCAGUACAUAUGAAGAAUUAUUAGAAGUUGCUUUAAAGCGUGAGGAAGAAGCUAAUACUGCAGUUCGUGAUGAAGAAGAUGUUGAAAUGGCAGAUGAUGAAGAUGAAAAUGCUGAAGAAAGAGAGGCUAAAAAUAAAGAAGAAGCCAAGAAACAAGCAUUGCAAGCUAUGGAAAAUGAACUUUCCGCCUCAAAUGCAUCGACUGAUAUGAUAGACUUUACAGAAGAGCCACCUCCUAUUAUGCGAAAGCGUCCUCAAUUACUCAUCAACCAAUUGCGUGCAAAGAAUGAUCAUUUAGAUGACGAAUUAUAUGAAAAAAUUCUUCAAGAUAAUAGAAAGAUUGCUAAGCAAAAUUCAUCUACACUAAGCGGUCAAUGGCAAGGAAAGAAGGAGGAUUUAGAUGAUUGGUCUGAUGAGGAGAAAUGGUCAAAGCCCAUUUAUUCUAGUAUUGAGGAUUAUCCAUGCUAUAAAGAAAAUAUUGCUCGAUUUGAAAAGCUUCGUAUUAGUGUUGCACAUACGCUUAGCACGCAAAAGGUUGCAUUAAAGAAAAAGGAAAAAAUGUUAAAAAAUGAAUAUAAAGCGCUUUAUGAACAAUGGAAGGAAAAAAAUUUAGCUUUAGAUCGUAUGCGUAAUCAUGAACGUAAAGCAGCAGAAAAAUAUGGUAGUCAUCGUUCUCGUAGAAGAGACGAGCCUGAAGAAUAUGUUGAUAACGUUAUUUUCAUGAGCAAUGCGCCUGAUGCAUUGCGUUUUAAAAGUGAUGGCACCUCAACUCCUUAUGGUGGUAAUGGUUAUUUCACUUCUGAUGCUGCACGUUCUGAAGCUGAAUUGCUUGAAAUUAUUCAAUCACUUGAAGCAGCUGAAAUGAGAAAUCCUGAAUCACGUUCUAAAAAGACAACGGCUACUAUUCCCCCAAUGAUAUUAGAUGUCCGAGAACGUAUGCGUGUCUAUGAUGACCGUAGUGGGCUUAUUAAAGAUCCUUUAACUUACUAUCAUACGGGUCCCGAUACAGGUGAUGUGUGGAAUCAACAGGAAGUAACCACCUUUAUGGAAUCCUAUAUGAUGUAUCCUAAACAAUUCGAACGUAUUUCAAAUGCUAUUGGUACCAAAACUGCCUGUCAAUGUGUUUUAUUCUAUUAUCGAAAGAAAAAGAAGAUUGAUUUUAAAGCAUUGAUGAAGAAAGGUAGAAGAGGAAGAGCUACAAAGUAUAGAGAUAGAAUAGCCGCUGCUAUUCGUGCUGUAACUGGUGAUGCUCCCUCUAAUGUUCGUAAGACAAAGACCAAGGGUUCUGCGUUAAUGACAGAUAUUGGUGAAGCACAAGUAUCAAGAAAAGCUAAGGAAAAGGAUGCAGAACGCAAAAGUAAAGAACUUCGUGAUCUUGAGCAAGCAAAUGCCUAUUGGGAUAGUGUAGCGGAAAGGAAAAAAUCUAAACGACCCGUAUUCUCCUCCUCUAAUAGUACUGUAUCAGUUCCUCCUAUCACAACUCCCCUUAUUCAGUCAGCACCAGUUAGCAGUGCUUCAGAUGAUGUUAAUAUGAUGCUACAACAGCAACCACCCCAGCAAGAAAAACGACGUACUAAUAGUGGUUCUAGUACUGGUCACCAGCGUCGCAAGGGUCGUGCUGUAAAUCGUGAAACAAUCUCUUCUAUUGAAGCUGUUAACAAUGACUCUUCAACAACAAAACGCUUUUCAGAAGAUUUAAUGGAUACAAUAGAUGAAGUAGAUAAUAAGGCAGCUAUCUCUUCAAGUACAAGUGUCUCAAGUGGAGGAGGUAGUGGAGCUACUAAAUGGUCUGAUCAAGAAAAGGAGAUGGCUAUAGAAGCAUUUAAACAGUAUGGUCGUGAUUUUACGCAAGCUUCUAAUUUAAUAAAAACUAAAACUGAAGAACAAUGUCGUAAUUUUUAUCAUAACUUUAAACGCAAAUACGGUCCUAAUGUUUUCAAUGAAGAAGAUAAUCAUCAAUCUGAGGUAUCUACAUCAACAAUGCCUACAAAUACAACAUCAUUACCUUCUGUAUCACAAAUACCUCGGAUACCAUCACCCGCGACUAUACAAAAUGCAGUACAUAAUGAAGUAGUUGCUUUAGGUGGCCGUACCGACUUAAAAGCCGAAGAAGAAGAUGCAGCUGCAGCCUUGGUUGGUAUGUUUCAAAUGGGAGCUAACACACCUAGAGACGAGGUACCAAAACAGACAGUGUUAUCUUCCCGGACAAGAGCUUCAAGUGGUGAUUUAGUUAAUAGUUCGAUGACUAACUCUUUUACAUUACCUGUAUCUGCUGAUACUGCCAAUGCUAGUCCAUCUUCGACGUUACAGCAAACGCCAUAUAACACCUCUACACCUAAUCAACCUCAGCAAAGAAGACGUAGAGUUCGUUCAUCGUCAAGUCGUAUUGAAACUACACAAACAGAAGGAGCUCUAUCUAACGGGCACGAUACUGAGUAUGGAGCAAUACGCUCGGGGGGUCGUAAAUUAGGUCGUACAGCAACAUUGACUGAAACUAAGCGUUCUAAUUAUUCCUCAUACUGGUCUGUUUUGGAACGUAAUGAUUUUAUUAAUUAUUUAGGUAUUUAUGGUACAGAUUGGGAGAAAGUCGCUAGUGCAAUGGGUUCGAAGACCGCUAUUCAAGUUCGUAAUUUUUAUGUUAAUAAUGAAGAAAAAUUGCAUUUAAGAGAAAUAGUAGAUUGUUUUCGAUCAAGACAACAACAGCAACAACAAUCAAAACGUGAUAUGCCACGAAUAGAACCAUCAUUUGAUUCAAAUGCUGCGCAUUUUCAAGCUCUUCAAAGCUUUCCUUUCCCCGCCCCUAUUGCGGAACAAUCGUCACCUAUAAUACAACCUCAACCUGUAAUAAAGUCUUCUCCCCAACAGCCACAACAAUCAAUUAGCUCAACAUCUUAUUAUGGUUCUGGAUAUUAUCCUUCUACAGUAUCAUCAUCAUCUACACGUAUAACACAACCCACUUCUGAGACUGCUUAUCCUAACAAUAACAUAAGUUAUUCUUCAGCUACCUCAACAUCUAUACAAACAAGGCCUGCAGCACAGCAACAACAACCUGAAGCACCCUCUGCUGUAACUAAAGUAGCUGAUUUAUUAAAUAAUGAUGAUCCUGCUGAACCAACUCAAAAUAGUUGGGAAACUUGGUUUGGAUCUUAA